CAGGAAGAGUUGAUUGAUCAUAAUUGGAAAAACCUACAAGUUACUGAAUGGACGAUCACAGAACAAUUGGAAAAACCAAUCCAGAAAGAUGGCUCAUCUUGUGGUCUAUUUAUGCUCAAGUUUAUGGAAUACUGGACUGGAGAGACACUAUCUCAUGCUAUUACACAGAAACAUUGAAGAAAGUAUGGAUCCAAAACUCCAAACCAUAUUCCAUUACCUUGACUAUCAAAAAGCUGCAAGAAAUGAUAAAUGAGGAUUUGACCAUGGACCAUGAUUGUUUUAAUUUGGUCAUACGAAAGAUUAUGUUCGACAACAUUGAAUUAGUGAAGAAGACCAAAGGAACAGUAUCAAAACAUUGUCUGGACAUGCAAUUUUAG